ACGAAUGAGACACUUUCACCUUUGCUCCAAAACUCUUCCAACUCUCGCUCAACUCAGCCCUGAACCAUGAGCAAUUGUCUCGGCCUUUGCAGUCACCAAUCGACCACCUAGCUGCGACCUUGAAGCGACACCUCACCUACCAUGGCGAAUACCACCAACACCAACGGCGCAAUUGCCAGAAUCACACGCGAGAUCGCCGGCUCUCAAAAGGACAACGAUCUCUCCAUCACAGUGGCAUGCCGCGACAGCGAUGUCCGUCAUGUUCGAGCUCUCAUCAUCGGUCCUCCAGAGACACCCUACGAGUUUGGCUUCUUCGAGUUUGAGAUGAAGUUCCCCAAAGACUACCCGAUCAAAUCACCCACCGUCAAAUGCAUCACCACCAACAACGGCAAGACUCGCUUCAACCCGAACAUCUACGCAGAAGGCAAGGUCUGCCUCUCAAUCCUCGGCACAUGGCGUGGACAACCUGGUGAAGAGUGGAGCAGUGCACAAGGUCUGGAGAGCGUGCUUUUGUCGAUUCAGAGCUUGAUGUCUUCGAACCCAUACGAGAACGAGCCGGGCUACGAAACAGCAAAGAAGGAGGAAGCCAAUCCCGCCGCAUACAUCGCCAAGAUCAGACACGAGACUCUCCGCGUCUCGGUGGUUCAGCGGUUGGAAAGCCUGUUGCACAUGCAGCCGGAUCAAUCAGAACCGGCACUUAAGAAAGAGUACGAUGCCGAGGCCACAUACGCUGCUCUGGACUCAUCACAAUGGGAUCCCUUCGCCGAUCUCAUGAAGCGUCGCUUUCUCUGGUACUACGAUGUUUAUAUGAAGGCCAUUGACAAGCAUGUGGGUGAUCAGCGCGAAGGCAAAGCCUUCAGUCGGAUGGAAUUUGAAUAUCCUCCCAAUUCUUGCGAAGGCCACUUUGGUUACAAAGCUUUGAAGGGCCGCUUCGAAGCGGUCCUCAACAAGCUGGAGGAGGAGAAGUUGAGCUGGGAGCAGGCAGGAGCUGUUCAAGUCGCGGAAGGUACACAGCUUGCCACCCAGCUCGCCUUUCAAUUCACUCAGCUUCAAUCGGUGUGGGACGAUGCCAAACCGUCCGGCUCCAGGAUGGAGUUCAGCUUACCGAACCCCAAGAAUCCAUUCGUCUGGAACAUCACCUUGUUCGGCGAGCCCAUGUCCAACCUUGACGGCGGCAUCUUUGCUAUGAAGAUGCACAUCCCUCCCAACUUCCCACACGCUCAACCACGCGUCACCCUCGAAACACCCAUCUACCACCAUCGCGUCAGCAGCAAAGGCACUCUCUGCUACUUUCCCGUCAAAGAAGACGAGAUCAGCUCACAUCUUGACGCCAUCGCCGCCGCGAUCGACGACAAGGUGCAGAAGUUCGAUCCUCGAGCCAUGGUCAAUCCAGAGAUCUUCGACCAGUAUUGGGGUGGCGAAGACAAGCGCAAGGUGUACAGCCGCAAGCUGAGACGCAGUGCGCAGGAAAGCAGUGAGUUCUUGUGA